GGGCGACUGGCAGAGGGGGGAAGGGUGGGCUCGCUGGGCUCGAGACUGGGUAAGGAGGAGAAAGGAAACCUGGUGUGUGCCCGACUCAUGGAACGAAAGGAAAAAUAGAGCAAAAACAAGGCACGCGAGGGCGAAGAGUGGCGUCACCACAGAGGCGCGCGCUUCAGAGAGGGACGCACAGCAGAAAGACGCACGCUGGGUAGAAUUGUGAAGUAGCUUCAUCACGUUCCAUCGCGCAUCGGGGACAGAAACCGACAGAGAGGAGCUGCAGUCGCCGGCUCUGUUCACCCCCUCCCCCCCGCUCUCCCCCCUCUUCACACCUCCCCUGCUCCCACUAGAUGGUUGAAGCCAUGCCCAUUGUGUCUGCAAACACAGGGCUGCAUGAGACCCUGGCCCUGCUCACCUCCCAGCUGCACCCUGACGCCAACCAUAAGGAGGACCUGGUCUUCCUCAGAGACGUCUUCAGUGAGAAGACCCUUGGUUACCUCAUGAAGAUCCACGACAAACUGAAGCAGUAUGAGAAGCAGAACCCGACUCCGGUCCUCCACAGCGCCUCCUGCUUGGCUGAAGACCUGGCCGAGGAGCUCCAGUGCGGUCCUCUGGAGGGGGACGAGCGGGAGCUGCUCCUCCUGCUGAGCACUCCUCACCUCAAGGCGGUGCUGUCGGCCCACGACACGGUGGCCCAAAAGAACUUUGACCCGGUGCUCCCGCCGCUGCCCGAUGACCUGGACGACGACCUGGAGGAGGAGUCGGUGAAGAUCGUCCGUCUGGUCAAGAACAAGGAGCCGCUGGGAGCCACUAUCCGGCGAGAUGAGGCGACGGGGGCUGUGAUCGUGGCCAGAAUCAUGAAGGGAGGGGCGGCUGACCGCAGCGGUCUGGUGCAUGUUGGGGAUGAGCUUCGAGAGGUCAAUGGGAACCUGAUAAGCCACAAAAGGCCGGAUGAAAUUAGUCAGAUUCUGUCCCAGUCACAAGGAUCCAUCACCCUGAAAAUCAUCCCAGCUGUUGUAGAGGACGACAAACUGAAGGAGAGCAGGGUCUACCUUCGAGCUUUGUUCGACUACACGCCCUUUGAGGACAGGGCCACUCCGUGCCAGGAGGCCGGGCUUCCCUUCAAGCGGGGCGACAUUCUCCAGGUGGUGAGCCAGGAGGACGCCACCUGGUGGCAGGCCAAGAGAGUGGGCGACUGCAACCUCCGCGCUGCCCUCGUCCCCUCCGCACAGUUCCAGGAGAGACGCCUGAGAUACAGGAUGAAAAUGGGUUCGCUCCCCACUCCGGUGUCUGCCAAAGGCCCUGCAUAUGAGCGAGCAGAGAGAGAAGACUGUGGCCAUGAGGGUGCUGUGAAUGAAAAGGACAUAGUUUCUCCCAAGAGUAAGGCAGCCCCUGCCUUCUGUGGCCAUGCUUUCUCAUGGGAUUUUUACUCAGCCAGCCUACGCAGAAGCUUCCGCCUCAGGAAAGAUCGCCAGAGCUCAUCGACAGAAUCGCACACUCCUGAUGCGAAUCACACAGAUUUUCUGAUUUACGAGGAAGUAAUGCAGUACGCGCCACGUCCUGGAGAGCGGCCUCGCCUUGUAGUAUUAAUAGGUUCUCUGGGAGCCCGGAUCGCUGAACUCAAACAGAAGGUGAUCGCUGAGAAUCCUCAUCGAUAUGGUUUGGCAGUGCCUCACACCACUCGAGCCAGAAAAGGUCACGAGCGAGAAGGAGUGGAGUACCACUUCAUCACUAAAGCUGCUUUUGAGGCAGACAUCCAAAAUGGCAAGUUUAUUGAAUAUGGGGAGUAUAAAGAUAAUCUGUACGGCACCAGUUUGGAAUCCAUCAACAGAGUUUUAGAUCAAAACAAGGUUUGCCUGGUGGAUGUGCAACCAGAGGCACUGAUGAUUUUGCGGACGGCUGAGUUCAAGCCAUACAUCGUCUUUGUAAAGCCUCGCAUCCACAAUAGUCAGAGGAAACAGCUUGGGUCAUCAUCCUCUCUCUGCUUAGGGAUCACUGAUGAAGACCUACUAGAAAUGAAGCAGUCAGCAGAGCAGGUGGAUGAGAGCUUUGGCCAUUGGGUGGACUAUGUGCUGGUGAAGGAAGACCCAGCCAGUGCCUUAGCAGAGCUUCAGGUGACGCUGGAGAGAGCACAGACAGAGCCACAAUGGGUGCCUGUGUCCUGGGUGAGGAGCUAGCCUGCGUAUGUGAGCUGCUGUAAGGAGAGCUGCAGAGCCUCCAUUGGUACAAAUGUUUACUGCCAUAAACAUUCCACAAAUACAGGUUGGUGAUAGGUGAGUGGGCUGCAUCAAGCUAGUCUUUGUUUUAUAUUCCUGUGUAAAAUGACUGCGGCCAUACCUACUGUGUAUUCUAGACGGUACAGUAGCUUCAUAACAGCAUGUGGUGCAUGUAGGACCAGGUUCCUAAAGAGAUCUGCACUAUGUGAUCAAUUAUGUACGACGUUUACUAUAAUAGCAGCUAGAAAGUGAAGUGCCAUAAGAUAUGUAUUGUGAAGCUAAUCCGCAAACCAACUGAUGCAGGAAACUGUACUGUAACAUUAAAUGUGGUUUGAGGAAAAAAAAAAAAAAAAACUAAAUAAAAUGCAAGAAACGUGUUUAA